CCUUCAUAACUUCAAACCAUCGACUCAGCGCGCAGUAAAAGGCGGAGUGACACGAAGAGCCUCUUCGGAAGAGGCGUCGUCUCUGCUCCGGAAACAAACGAGCAGUGACGGCGGCUGCUUCCCGCUCACUGAGGCCUCGUGAGCUCGGAGUGUCGAGCAAAAGCCGCAGUUUUUACGUUAUUUUCCGAUUAAAAGCGAUUAAUGAGAGGAGAACAAUAAUCGAGGAGAGCGUGGCAGUGAGAUUAGUGAAGAUUACAGUCAGUAAAGUGUCCUGCACAACAACACUGUGUCCUCUAAUCCCUGUGACGGGGACCAACAGAGCAGAGAACCGGCUGAAGGAGGAAGCUGCUGCUGUACACUCAAACACUAACACAAUCACAGUUUAUUCAGAAUAAACAUGACGAUGGCAGAGCCUCCCAUGUCAUGUGACUGCUUUGUUUCUCUGCCCCCUGGUUGUCGUGACGACCAUGUGAUUUUUGGGAAGAACUCUGACCGUCCUCGGGAUGAGGUGCAGGAAGUGGCCUACUACCCUGCAGCAGCUCACGCUGCAGGCUCCAUGCUGCAGUGCACAUACAUGGAGAUUGGUCAGGUGGAACAGACUCACGCCGUCAUCCUCAGUAAACCUGCAUGGAUGUGGGGCGCAGAGAUGGGAGCCAAUGACCAGGGAGUCUGCAUCGGGAACGAGGCGGUGUGGACGCGAGAGCCUGUCGCCUCUGGAGACGCUCUGCUGGGGAUGGACCUGGUCAGACUGGGGCUGGAGCGUGGUGACAGUGCCUGGGCAGCGCUGACUGCGAUCACCGGCCUCCUGGAGCAGCACCAGCAGGGCGGACAGUGCAAGGAGGAUCCGAACCCUUUCAGCUACCACAGCACUUUUCUUCUGGUGGACCGUAACGAGGCCUGGGUCUUAGAGACAGCAGGGAAGCUGUGGGUGGCACAGAAGGUCACAGAGGGCGUGAAAAACAUCUCUAACCAACUGACCAUUGGCACUGAGAUCUCUGCAGAGCAUCCAGAUGUUCGGCGUGUGGCCCAGCGUGAGGGCUGGUGGGACGGCGAGACAGAGUUUAACUUCUCUCAGGUGUUCAGCCUCCAGGACCCUCCAGCGAGGAUGGAGCUGGCCAAGAAACGUUAUAAGGGAGGCACAGAGCUGAUGCAACAACAUGAAGGCUCGGUGACAGCUGAAGUGAUGAUGUCUAUUCUGAGGGACAAGCCCAGUGGCAUCUGCAUGGACUCUGGAGGUUUCUGCACCACAGGCAGCAUGGUGUCUGUCUUGCCCAGAGACUGCAGCCGGCCCUGCAUCCACUUCUUCACUGCCACCCCAGACCCAUCCAGGUCUAUAUUCAAGCCUUUUAUCUUCUCGGACUGUUCCACUCCAGUGUUGAGGGUGGUCUCCCCACAGUUUGGCCCUGAUGACCCUAUCUGGGAGGAGCCUCGCUUUCAGAGCCAGGUGGAUCGCAGACAUGACCUGUACAAGGCUCACCAGGAGGCGCUGAACAACAUGGAGACCAACCCUGACAAGGGCUCGUCUGUUUUGGAGACUCUGAAAGAGCUGGAGUGUCAGUGUCUGAGGGACAUUUCAGCCGUGCUCAGAGGAGAGAUUUCCGAGGAUGAACUGGUGGAUUUGUUUUACGACUGCGUGGACACAGAGUUUAAGUUCUACCAGUGAGGAGCGCCCUCCGGUGGACUUGCCUUGCGGCUGCAGGACUGUGUUCCUUCUCCCUGUGUGGCCCUCGCUCACUCACUCACUCACUCACUCACUCACUCAUCACACAUGCCUGACACACAGACUCAGUGUUUUGGCCCUCAUUAUAGUGACGUAUAGACUGCACAGGCGCUGAUGCAGAGCUGUAAUGAAAGUAUGGAAUUUGUUUAAUAUUCUCUGUUGUUGCAGCUGGGUUGACAUUUAUUGGCUCCUUGUAGGGAAUAACAAACUAUUAUAGAUAAUGUACUGUUAGUGUUGUCAGCUUUUUGACCACCGUGAUGAGAUAAGAGAAGAUAUGAGAUCAAAGCAAAAUAUAUGUGUAAAGAAAAAUAAAACGAGAUGUUA